GUCUUCGGACCUUAAGGAGAACAUGCAUUCGGCUUGGACUGUUUGAAAUUCUUAGUUUGGGGUCCCCGCUCGCUCGCUUUUUCCGGCCCGCGGAUUUUCUGAGGGUUUUUUUCUCUCUCUCUUUCAUUUUCUCCCCUCAGGGCUCUUUUGAACCCCCCCUUUAUGUUCGCCCAGCCCUCCACCCGCUUCUGAGUAGUGGGGGAGGGUUUCGGCCUCCAGGUUCCCGCCCCACCGGGGCCCGGGCGAGCAUGGGGGGCAAGCAGAGCACGGCAGCCCGCUCUCGGGGCCCCUUCCCGGGGGUCUCUACCGAUGACAGCGCCGUGCCCCCGCCGGGAGGAGCGCCCCACUUUGGGCACUACCGGACGGGCGGCGGGGCUAUGGGGCUGCGCAGCCGCUCGGUUAGCUCGGUGGCGGGCAUGGGCAUGGACCCCAGCACGGCCGGAGGGGUACCUUUUGGUCUCUACACCACCGCCUCCCGCGGGACCGGCGACUCAGAGAGGGCGCCUGGCGGCGGAGGGUCCACGUCGGACUCCACCUAUGCUCACGGCAAUGGUUACCAGGAGACAGGCGGCGGUCACCAUAGAGACGGGAUGCUGUACCUGGGCUCCCGAGCCUCACUGGCGGAUGCUCUACCUCUGCACAUCGCACCCAGGUGGUUCAGCUCGCACAGUGGUUUCAAGUGCCCCAUUUGCUCCAAGUCUGUGGCUUCCGAUGAGAUGGAAAUGCACUUUAUAAUGUGUCUGAGCAAACCUCGCCUCUCUUACAAUGAUGAUGUGCUGACUAAAGAUGCGGGUGAGUGUGUGAUCUGCCUGGAGGAGCUGCUUCAGGGGGACACGAUAGCCAGGCUGCCUUGCCUGUGCAUCUAUCACAAAAGCUGCAUAGACUCCUGGUUUGAAGUGAACAGAUCUUGUCCAGAGCACCCUGCUGACUGACCCUGCUGGGCUGGCUUGCUGACUCCUCUCAAAGAGUGCACCGGCUGAAGCGGACGAGCCCCGGCCAGGCUCUGCAGCUGUCUCAUCCUUGCUCACGUCUCGGAGGCAGGCUCCGCAGGCUCGUUUCUCUAGAAAUGGAAGAAUCACUAAAUAGAAGGCCUGUGGAACAUACACUGUCCACUGCCAAGUGCUUGUCUGAUCUUUUCACUGCUGGCCACCUUUCCCCACUUCUAGGGGAUCUGAGGACUCUGGGCCAUACUCAGCAGUGUCACAAUGACAGCAUGACAACUCCCUCCCACACAUACAAAGGUGUCUCCAGUGCAACUGUUCCAUUUCCUCCCCAGGCUACCGACCCCUCUCCUGUCCUCCGCCCUGCCCGUGCUUUCUGAGGUCUAUGCUGGCAUAUUUCUCUCUCCCCCUCCCUCCCUCUCUCUCCCUCCUUCUGCUCUCCCCCCUCCCCUUUUUCUGAUAAACAGAACAUAGAUCCCAGAAAAAACAAUAGCCCAUUCCACUUCAUCUCACAUCCAAAGGUUUGGGGGGGGUGGGGAUCUCUUUUCUUCUCUUUCUCUCCUUUGUUCUGUUUUCUUUUGUUAGGUUUAUUUUAUUUAUUCCAAGUAAAUGCCCAGACCAGCUGACGGUGUCAGGCAAAUCAGGGACAUUUGCUCUUUUUACCUUCACCUCACAAUCUGAUGACAAGGGGAGAAGACAAAGCAAGGGUGAGAGAGAGAGGGACUGGACUCUGGCUUCAGAAAGCAGGUCCAGAUUGCCUGCCGGCAUGACGUUUGGCUUCCGGGGGCCUUCCUGGACUGAACCAGACGCCCCUGCCAACCAGCCUGCCCUCGGGGACACCCUGCUGCCACCGUGAGAUGCAGCUGCAGCUCUCGGCCGGCCGGAUGGAGCACGACUGACUUCUUGCGACCCACACAGGAACAGACAGCCCUGUUCCUGAGAGGAGGCUCCUGGGACACUGGACAGAGCUGAGCUUGGGACACCAGAGGGAACAGGGCACCCCUUCUGCACUGACUUCCAGAAAAUGGUCCUCCCUCCUCCCUGAGGACACCCAGCUGGAUGAGAGCGAGUCUGAGAGAAGAAUGAAUUGACCUCUAUCCUUCCCCUCACCCUCAACCCAGGAGGGAAAGGGCAUUUUCUUUUUCACCUUUGAAAGGCGUUGUGGGUCUGUCUUUAAAGUGUUUACAACAACAAAAAAAAUUAUAUAAAAAAGUCUAGUGUCGACUGGUGUUUUCCCUCGUGAUGUUUACAGAUUGCUGUUUGCUGCCCAGCUAAUACCCACUCAGUGACAGAACCAAGUAUAGCCAUGUCUUCCCCGCUAGCACUGACGGCGGGCGGGCGGGCGGGCAGGCAGGCAGGCGGGCACACGGUCACUUCCUUUGCCCAAUGCCCCAGUUGGUUCUCUGUGUCACCAACCUUUCUCCUUUGGGGGAUUUGUUUCAUUUUGUUUUUCUGUCCCAUCUUUCUGGCUUGGUUGUGCGCUUGUCUCCCCUUAGUACUUUGAUAUCUUGGUUUACUUUGCCAAAAAAGAAAAAGGAAGACAGCCCAUCAAGGACACUCCCCCAGGCCAUUCCCCUGUCUUCCCUGCCUUUCCUCCUGGAUCUGGUCCAAUCAGGAUUUAACAACCACAAAUACACUGAAAAAAAAAUGCCUGGGCAUUUUUCUUAGGCCCUUGUGGGGUUUUUUCUUUUUCUUCUUCUGAGAAAACUUAGACUUACUAAAGGAACAUGUACUGCUACCCUUUUUCAGGCACACUGAGAACAUUUUAGCCAUUGAUGUUCACACGUGGCAUCAGCCCAUGCAGGAUAGGUUUCUGUAUUUAUAUAUUAAAAUACAAAAAAAGAAAAACCUUACAAAAUGUUUUAAAAUUGUUCAAAGCUCGGGAGAAAAGCUCUUCAUCAGUCAAGGUGUUUUGAUAUGGUAUUAAAAUAAUGUCUAAUAAAAGAUGCACCGUGUGAUCUUAUUUUAAUGAAGUGUUGUUACACAGUCAGGAGUGGAGAGCAAAGGCUUCUUCCCUGUGUCCGCCUCCCUAGCCCAGCUCUCCUUCAGCACCUGCAGUGACUCUCAGCCACACCCGGGCAGAGAAUGGACAGUGGUGGUUCAGAUGUGUCUUUCCCAACUGAAGUCUUAAGCAUUGUGGAGUAAUUGUCAGUCUACUGUCAUUGCUGGUUGUAAUGGAAUGUUUCCGGGAAGAUAGUCAGGGGCAAAGAUCUUGCAGUCAUCAGGUGCUGCAAGGAUGUGGGUGCCAGCCCAGAGGGUCCCUCACCACCUCUGCUCCCCAUCCUGCGUUCUGCUCGCCUGUGCUCCAUCCACAGCUCAGUGCUGACUCAUGGGCAUGCUUCCCUGAGGCCCAGAAAGAGGCCCUGGUUUGGAGCUGUGCCUGCCGGCUCUCAGUCCCUGAACCAGAACCAGUCCCUCAGCCUCAUAAAAGUUGGCAAGUUGCGGGCUGGGCAGGAAACUCAGGCCAGGGGGAGGCAGUGUGUGCCUGCCUGACUCCUAGCCAGGUUCCAGGAGUUGCUUUUCAGGGCCUCCUGCAGAGCCUGCUGAGGAAAGCUCUGGAGGCAGCUGGCUACGUAUCUCUGCCAUGACCAUUUCCAGACCUGCCCCUUGUACUGCUGCCUCAGGGCCCAGUCCCAACAGGCCCUCCGAGUCUGUACUGUGCUGCCAUUCUUGCUCUGAGGGCACCUUUCCUCGGGUGCUUCCUGAAGCACCUACUCUGCAAGGACAUUUGUUAGAGGCCAGUGGACACGUGAGCCAAGGCAGACAGGCAGGCUCAGAGAACCGAGUGCUUUUGAGCCCAAAUGUUAAGACCUCGGGACCUGAACUGUGAGCACUGUUAACACCAGAGACUGGGAUGGCUGUGCUGGGGCACUUUACUUCUUGGCAGAGUGGCGAGGAAGUCAUUUCAUCUGAACCGGAUUCCCUGCCUGUGAAGUGGGGCCACAGUCCUGCAGCUCCGAGGAGCGAGGGUCAGGGAUAUGCCCCAAAGGCCUGGCACAUGUGCAAUAGGCUUCCUCGUAGCUUUGUCACUGCAAAGGGAGGGCACUGUUCUAUUCCCAGCACCUCCAGCUUCUGCCUGGCAACUGUGUUCUCCCUGUUCUAUAUAUAAUCCUACCAGCAGAGCUGGCGGGGCAGGGCCCAGCCCUGAAAGCGAUCUCCUUGCCUGACCCCUGGGCCUGGAGACAGGCUGUGUGUGCCCACCUUGGCUGUGUGCGCCCGGCUGCUUUGGCAGUGCUGUGGCAGAGUCCGGUGGUUGAGUUGGUUGGGGCAGCGCUGGGCCCCACACGGGUGCUAUUCUAGGCUCUCUAGGCGGUGCUCACCUCAUCCCCAGUGACUUCCGCCCCCACCCGGCACACCAAAGCCCUCUGUUGAGUGUCAUGUCCUUUGGAUUUGGACCCAGUUUGCCUGGUGUGAGGGUGGACUAGACUUGUCUGGGCUUCCUAGGUGGCACUUGUGUUUGUCACCUGCCAUCCAGACAACUCUCUAGAAUCCUAUGUUGCUCCUGCUCUGCCUUUCUGAGAGGGAAGAAAAAAUGGAAGGGCCAAAAGAUGGGUUCUUCCCCUUUCUGCUCUUAGCAGCCCAGAAAGCCUUCUGAGAGCUCCAGGAGCCACUUUUGAAAACCGCCCAUCUAAUAGCCAUUUAAUAGUAUUGAAGCUCAUAGGAGAAUGUCCUUCUUAGGAGAUAGACGCUGAAUUAUAUAGUUGAGUGAUUUCAAGAAAUGUAUAAUCUAACCCCAAACGGUUCCCCCCUAAAAAUGCACAAAGCAAAUACGGCAAAAAUGUCCAUUGUUAAAUCUUCAAUGACUGAUAUUUCAGUGAAUAGUGUACUUGUUCUUUCAACUUUUCUGUAUGUUUGGAGUUUUCUUUAAUAAAAGAAAUUGUGGGGAAA